AUGUUACACUUCACCUCCUCAUCUUCCUCUUGUGGAGCAAUUUUCAUAAAUGCUGGUUCAGAUUUAAUUCUUUGCUUCACUGAAAAGUUAAAGGCUGAUAAUGCAUUCCAAGCUGAAUUGAUUGGAGCUAUGAGAGCUAUUGAGACUGCUUAUCAAAAUGGUUGGAAUAACAUGUGGCUGGAACUUGACUCAGCCAUGGUGGUGCAGGCCUUAAAUUCUAACUCACAUGUGCCUUGUAGAUUAAGGAACAGAUGGAAAAACUGUAAAAUUAUGCUUAGGUCUAUGAAUUAUUUUGUUUCUCAUGUUUUUAGAGAGGGUAACCAGCGUGCAGAUGGUCUAGCUAAUAUUGGACUUUCCAUCGAUCAAUUCACCAUCUGGAACACAAUUCCUCCUAGCUUGCAGGCUGUUUAUGUCAGAGACGCCUAA